AUGGCCAAGUCCAAGAACUCGUCUCAGCAUAACCAGGCCAAGAAGAACCACAAGAACGGUAUCAAGAAGCCAAAGACCAACAGAUACCCUUCGCUCAAGGGAACCGACCCCAAGUUCCGGAGAAACCACAGACAWGCGCUCCACGGCACAAUGAAGGCUUUGAAGGAGGUCAAGGAGGGCAAGCGUGAUGCAKCAUAA